GUGUUAGAACACGUGUUCUGUCAAACAUUCUAACCUAAAAAAACUGUUUGUCAUUUAACAUUUAUAAUAAUAAAUAAAUACAAUAAAAAUUCAGACAAAUAACUUAUUAGAAAACUUGUUAAUAAGAUCAAUCAGCAUGGGUAGAAGAAAAGCUGGCUUUAGAAAGCCGAAACAAGCCAAUAAUGCUCAGGUACAAGGUCCUAGAAAACCUUAUCAGGAUAUUAUUAGAGAAAACGAAAAAUUUAUACAAUACUACAAGACUCAAGGAAUUUGUAAAGUUGAAGAAUGGGACACCUUUAUUUCUGCAUUAAAAAGUGAUUUGCCAGCUACAUUUAGAAUUACUGGAUCUAAAGGGGAGGCUAAAAAAAUGCUGGAUAUUAUUAAAGAUAUUUUUGUAAAAAAUUGUUUGAAUGAACCAUCUGAAAAUGGAGAAAAGAAACCUGAUAUUUUUCCUUUACCUUGGUAUCCAGAUAAUUUAGCUUGGCAAAUGGAAUUAACAAGAAAAGAUAUCCGUAGGAAUGAAUCUUAUUAUAAACUUCACAACUUUUUAAUAUCAGAGACAGAACAUGGUACAAUUUCAAGACAAGAAACUGUUAGCAUGAUUCCUCCUCUAGUUUUAGAUGUUAAACCUCAUCAUAAAGUUUUAGAUAUGUGUGCUGCCCCUGGUUCAAAAACAGCUCAACUUUUAGAACUAUUACAUGCCAGUGAUGUUUCAAUCCCAUCUGGUUAUGUUAUAGCAAAUGAUGUUGAUAAUAAAAGAUGUUACAUGUUGGUUCAUCAAGCCAAAAGACUUAAUUCGCCUUGUGUUGCUGUUGUUAACCAUGAUAGUGCAAUUUUACCAAAUUUUAGUUGUACAUUACCUGAUGGUUCAACUGACCAAGUACAAUUUGAUAGGAUUUUGUGUGAUGUUCCAUGUUCUGGUGAUGGAACUAUGAGGAAAAAUCCGGAUAUUUGGAUGAAAUGGACUCCUGCUAAUGGAGUUAAUUUACAUGGAAUUCAAUCUAGAAUAAUAAGAAGAGGUGUUGAAUUAUUAGCUAUUGGAGGGCGCUUAGUUUAUUCAACUUGUUCAUUGAAUCCAAUUGAAAAUGAAGCUGUAAUACACCGCUUAUUAGCUGAAACUGAUGAUAGUUUAAAACUUGUUGAUGUUGGCGAUAGUUUACCAGGAUUAAAAUAUUCACCUGGAAUGGAAAAUUGGCAAGUUGGAACAAGAAACUUAGAUUUUUACAACUCAUUUGAGGAAGUUGAUGAAAAAUGGAGAACCACAAUUCGCCCACAAAUGUUUCCCCCCAAAGAGGAAGAUAAAUCAAAGUACAACUUAAAUAAAUGCAUAAGAAUUCUCCCUCAUCAACAAAACACGGGAGCAUUCUUUGUAGCUGUUUUAGAAAAACAUAAGCCAAUAAACGUCAAAGAAAAAUCCUUUAAAAUCACCCCACAAAGCGAAGAAAAUAACCCAGAUGAAGAUACAACCACCUCUGAUAACGAUAAAUUAAAAAAUAAGCGACUAAAUGAAGAUAGGUUACCAGAAAAUCAACGAAAACGACGCAGGAAGGAAGGGUAUAAAGAAGAUCCUUACGUUUUUUUUAAUGAAACAGAAACGGUUUGGCCGAGUAUCCAAAAAUUUUAUGAUAUCUCUAAUGAUUUUGAUGUUAAAUGUUUAUUGGUACGGUGUAACGCUGGUAAAAGAAAGAAUAUUUAUUUGACCUCACCAGCAAUAAGAGAUUUAGUUCUCCAAAAUCAAGGCAGUAUUAAAUUUAUUAACACCGGGGUAAAAACGUUUGUUAGAUGUGAUAAUAGAAACAUGAAAGAAUGUGCGUUUAGGAUUGCUAACGACGGUUUAGAAAGUGUGUUUGAUUACAUUGGGCAUAAUCGAAAAAUAUCAAUUCCUCGAGAUGAUCUUAUCACUCUCCUUAUGAAUACUAAUCCUGAAGAAGCGCCGCAAAUAACUUCGUUAUCUGAAGAGAUACAAGCGCAAGUUAACGAUCUUCCACCAGGUAGUUGUAUUUUGAUAUACAAAGAAGAAAAUCCUGGAAAAGAGACGUUAAUUUUGCAUGUUAGCGGUUGGAGAGGAACUACAUCUUUAAGAUCUUAUAUGUCGCAACAUAGUACAGUUCAUUAUCUUCGAUUACUUGGAGGAGACGUUUCUAAAUAUGAUGUUAAUAAGUUUAAGAAAUUGGAAGAAGAAGGAGAUAAUGAAGCGAAGGUAAAUGAAGAAAACAAAGAAGAAGAAAAAGUUGAAGAAAAAUCUGGCUAA